AAAAAAAGUUACCAAUCUCGCGAAUCGCAUUGCCCCUCUGCCCCCUCUACCAACGCCCGGCGCAAUAUUCUACGAGAGAAGAUAUUUCAACGCCAAUACCUUCAUUUUACUUGGAAAAGGAAUAGAAUGGGAAAGGCAAAGACAUCCAAGCGCGGAGGCGCAAGCUCAACUCCAUAUGACCGACCAGCCAAGAAUGCAGCGGCCAACAAUGUCUUCAAAUUCAGCAAGGAUUUUGGUCAACAUAUUCUGAAGAACCCCGGUAUCGCAGAGACCAUUGUCGCAAAGGCAUAUCUCAAACCUACAGAUACAGUCCUCGAAGUCGGUCCUGGUACGGGAAACUUAACAGUCAAGAUUCUCGAGCAGGCCAAGAAGGUUAUUGCCGUGGAAAUGGAUCCUCGAAUGGCCGCCGAAACAACGAAGCGUGUACAAGGGAAGCCGGAGCAGAAGCGAUUAGAGGUUCUCUUAGGAGACGUUAUCAAGACAACGCUCCCCCCUUUCGAUGUGUGCAUCUCGAAUACUCCCUACCAGAUAUCGUCGCCCUUAGUGUUUAAACUUCUGUCUCUUCCAAACCCGCCGAGGACAUGCGUUCUUAUGUUCCAGCGCGAAUUUGCGCUGCGUCUUACAGCCCGGCCGAACGACCCCCUAUACUGUCGCUUAUCAGUUAAUGCGCAAUUCUGGGCGCGAAUAACGCACGUCUUAAAGGUUGGGAGGAACAAUUUCCGACCCCCUCCCCAAGUCGACUCCAGCGUGGUCCGAAUCGAGCCAAAACUCGGCUCAGAGCGUCCGAAUAUUAGCUUCGAGGAAUGGGACGGCAUGUUACGGGUGUGUUUCAACCGAAGAAAUAAGACCUUGAGGGCUUCGUGGCUCGGCAACAAGGAAGUCCUCGCCAUGUUGGAGCGGAAUUACCGGCUCUGGUGCGCCACAAACGACAUUCCGGUGGACGAUACCGUGGCGGACGAGGAAGACGACGACAACGAGGAGAUGGAGGUCGACGAGAACGUGCCGCCGAGUGCUGGCGACGAAGAAGAGGAAUGGGGUGGCAUCAUGGAUGUUGACGGGCAGGAUGACGAUAUGCCAUCGUUUUUCAAGGAAUCCAUGAAGACCGAAAUACCAAAGACGAAGAGCAAGCGAAAGAAGACGAGGGUUGCUUUAUUAGUCAAGGAAAAGGUCAGAAAAGUCUUGGAAGACGUGACCGAACUUGCUGAUAGGAGAAGCGGAAAAUGUGACGAGAAUGACUUCUUGCGCCUUCUAGCGGCUUUUAACGCAGAAGGCAUUCAUUUCUCAUGAUCUGUUGAGCUAUGCUGACAACGCGUACGCGGUACAUGAUUUAUGGUAGUUUAGGCGUUUUCGAUAUCAGGGCUCAUUAUACGCAUAGGACCUAUGGGGAGUUACGGCUUUGUUGGGACUUGGACGGCGAGCGAAAAGACUUCAUACUUGAUAUCCUGCCCGUCAUGACGGGGCCGGCAAAAUGAGGA